AGUGCACUGAAAGGGGAGUUUGUUUUAGAAUCCGACCUGUGUCUUUAUAUCUCCCUGCUCUUUGCGUAGUGCACAAGUAAAAGCUGAUGUAACCCCGCAGCUGAGCAAGCUGAGAGUAUUUCCAACCUACUUUUAAUUAACUAACUGUCUCUAACAAAUCCAAAAAAGAUUUUUUUUUUAUUUUAAAUGGCUUCGACGUUCAUGUGUGGAAUGGAAGAUCUGCUGUUUAGUGGCAGUCGAUUUCUGUGGACUCUGACAAUAACAACUUUGAGGAGGUGGUACACUGAGAGGUUGCGAGCUUGUCAGCAAAUGCUGAGGACUUGGUGUGGACUACGUGAUGUUUACCAGAUGGUGGAAGGUAGACACUGUCAGGUUAAUCUCCUAGAUGACAGAAAACUGGAGCUACUAGUUCAGCCAAAGCUUCUGUCCAGGGAACUGCUGGACUUGGUGGCAUCUCAUUUUAACCUCAAAGAAAAGGAAUACUUCGGCAUAACUUUUAUUGAUGACACAGGUCAGAGUAAUUGGCUACAGCUGGAUCGCAGGGUAUUGGAUCAUGAUUUGCCUAAGAAAACAGAACCGGUGGCCUUAUUCUUUUCAGUCAAGUUUUAUAUUGAGAACAUAUCAUUCCUAAAGGACAUUACCACUGUGGAAUUAUUCUUUUUAAAUGCAAAAUCCUGUAUUUACAAGGGCGAGAUCGAAGCGGACAGCGAGACGGUGUUCGAGUUGGCUGCGCACGUCCUGCAGGAAACGAAGGGCGAUUACAUCAGUAAUGAAAAUGCGAGGGAAGAACUGAAGAAACUCCCAGCCCUUCCUACUCGAGCAUUGCAGGAGCAUCCAUCGCUUGCAUAUUGCGAAGAUCGAGUGAUUGACCACUAUAAAAAACUCAAAGGACUCAGCAGAGGACAGGCAAUUGUCAAUUAUAUGACCGUAGUGGAAGCUCUUCCUACUUAUGGUAUUCAUUACUAUGGAGUAAAGGAUAAACAAGGAAUUCCCUGGUGGCUUGGAAUUGGUUGCAAAGGAAUUGGGCAAUACGACUUUCAUGAUAAAGUAAAGCCCAGAAAGAUUUUCCAGUGGAAACAACUUGAAAAUUUGUAUUUUCGUGAAAAGAAAUUUGCAGUUGAAGUUCACGAUCCCCGCAGAGUUCCAUUAUCAAGAAGAACGUUUGGGCAGACGGGUUUGGUAGUAAAUACAUGGUAUGCAAGUGCCUCACUGAUCAAAUCCAUUUGGGUGAUGGCAAUAAGUCAACAUCAAUUCUACCUGGACAGGAAGCAAAGCAAGGCAAAGAUCCCUUCAGCAAGAAGUCUCAGCGAUAUUGCAAUGGACUUGACUGACACUGGAAUACCUAAAGCUUCUAAACUGGCAAAUGAGGAUCGAAAAAAUCCAAUUAUAACAGCUAGUAAUGGCAGCCUAAUCUCCUCAGGUUCUCAGGAUUCUGAAGUCAGUGAUGAACUCAAGAAAGAAAAACUUAUUGAAUUGAAACAGCGUCGAAGUGCUUUGGAAGAUGCCCUCAACCAAAGAACAGAAGAACUAAAGAAGAUCUGUUUGCGAGAAGCAGAAUUAAUAGGAAAGCUACCAAAAGAAUAUCCACAUACCUUGGGAGAAGAGCUCCCACGUGUCAGACGACGAGUAGGUACAGCUUUCAAACUGGAUGACACCCUACUGCAAAGUGAGCAGGAUCCAAAUUUACAAGAUCUGGAGAGCAAGUUUGUCAUCCAGCAGAAAAUUGUGGAAGCUGCAAAGAAAUUAGCCAGUGACCCUGAAAAAUGCAAGAACCUUAAAAAGAAGAGAAAACAGGACUACAUUGAUGCUUUGAAAAAGCUUCAAGAGAUAGAGAAUGCCAGUAAUGAGUACAGAAUAAAAUGUGGACGGAAACCUGUUCAGAGAGCCUCCCUCAUAAUUCCAGAUGAGGUCAUACCCUCAGAAACCAGUUCUUUGUCGGACACAAAUACAGCAGAUGAUGAUGAUGUGCGUAUUAUGCAAAGGAAAAGAUCCUUUUCGAGCCAGCAACCUCCAAGGCCGGUUCCACCACAGUCUCUCGAACUGAGACAGAGUCGACAAAGGAGGAGUUCUGCAAGUGAACAGUUUCAUGAUAAAGCACACAUCCAUCCUAGAUACAACAAUGACGGUUGCUACCUGCAGGAUAUUUUGCAUGGACACAGGCAACUGAGCUCAACACACAGCAGCCCUUACAGGUCUCAAGGUAGACAAUGCCAUGGAGGAAGAAGUAUGCCUGCAACGCCUGUAUUGACUCGCAAUGCUUACAGUAGCAGUCAGUUACGACCCGAUAUUUCCCCAGAUCAUUUUAGACAGCGCAGUGGCAGCUUGGAAUCGCAGUCUCAUCUCCUCGAUGAGGGUCCCAGUGAGAGGGCCAUUUUCCCCCUCACAGCAGCCCAAAGAAGUAGCAGUACUGACCUGCUGGACGAUGGGUCGUCCUACACCAGUCAGUCCAGCACCGAGUACUACAGCGCACCGAGCAAGCCUCCUCAGUACUACAACACCAUGACAGUAGGAUGCCGGUCAAGGGAAAGGCGAAGACACAAAAAGCCGAAUAUAUCCUCUGCCCCCUCAGGGAGCAUGCCCAAUCUUGCACCAAAGGACGCAAGGAAUGGAGUUUAUCAAAAUUCUUACAAUCAGCCUUCUUCUGAUUAUUAUCUUCCAGGACAUCCACCAUACAGUGACUAUGAGCCUUAUGGAUACACAUUUGAAAAUGAAACUGAAGGUCACUAUAAUGUUAAAGCCCCUUACAGAUCGGCAUAUUCUUACAAUGCUGAUCAUUAUCGAGAUUACAGUCACUUCUACCAGGAAGAUGUUGACAGUAUGUCUCAAAACCCAUACGCAACACUGAGGAAUAUGCGUAGGAGAGGGGCUAAAAGUGAACAAAUAACCAAAAACAUCCAAAAGGCAUUGGUUGCAGAAAGCUUGCGAGGCUGGUAUGAGCGUGCCUCAACUCACAAGGAUCACGGCCUGCAGGCAGGUUUGGACUUGGACAGGGGCUCACAACAAAGUCUGGGGUUCGCUUAUAUGCAAGGUCCUUUCUCUCCAGCCAACAGGGCUACAUCCUUUACGUCUGUUUCUUCAGCAGCAAGUACAGGAACCUGGCGGAGCCAGCUCACUGUGGGCGGCCAGGACUUUGAUCAUAUACCUUUUACAAGUUCUUUCAAUAACUCCUACAGCAAUACGACAUUACACACCAGACCUUAUCCAGAAAGAAUGUAUUCAGACAGUGGAGAGACAAGCCAGCUGGAGGAUGUGUAUGACAAUGAGCAGGUGCUGCUGUGGCAUGAGGAUUCUAAACCUGGGACUCUGGUUUAAGUGACUACUGACUGACUUCAACAUAUGGAAAAUUUAAUCAGUGUGCCUUGCAUCUUUUUCAAUCCACUUGAAAUGGUUUAUUUCUACAAGUAGAAAUCACACGGAAAAUUUCAGUGUUUUCAGAAGGUACUGUACCUGGAUGCUGGGAAGUUCAUUCCAACCAUUUUGCAGAAGAAGUGAUAGAUUGCAAACUCCACACUUCACGGUUCAGUCAAGUUUCUCUUUAUACCUACAGUACAUUCUAAAGGCAAAACCUUAAGCUGAUGAGUUUGUGUUCAAAUUGAAGCAUGGAAAGAUGGCACUUGGAAAUCAUUUUGUUUUUACUGAAAAUGCACUUUUCAAAGACUGAUGAAAGUAGUGCUCUCCAUUGUUCAGUGAGCAAAGAGGAAUUGUGCUUUACGUAUUGGUAUAAAAGAGGACUAAGCAGGGUAGUGAGUAACUUGCUUUGCAUAUAAUUAAAUGAAGAUCAUCUUGUAAUUUGGCAAGAAACUGGUGACUCUCUGAUUACUUGAAUAGAAUAUAGUGGGCUUUUAAUUUUACAAAAUGAUUAGUUGGAAAUAUGGACCAGAAACUAAUAAGAAAUGUUUUGUUAAAACCAUGAAAUCUUUUCUAAAACACGACAUAUUUUGCAUUGGUGUGUUUUUUUUUUAAAAACCAUUUGUUAAUAUAAUGUAUCAGUAGAUUUUUCAAAAUGGUUAUUUUUUUGCAGGUGGCAGGGGGAGGAUGGAGUUAAAGAAUUUUUGGAUCAUAUAGUCAACCCUACAAGCAUACUUACCAAGUUAUUAAGGGGUCAAAUAUAGUUGAAUGGUUAAGUCUUUCCAAAUAAAAAGCACAUGGCUUCAGAAGCAAAAAAAAAAUGCAAUAAGACUUUUUUUUAACAAAAAACAAGAAGCACAGUCCUAAUUACGGUUGUUAGGGUGAUAGCACAAACUUCAUUUUGAUUAAUAACUGCACAAGAUAUGCAAGAGAAAUCUGAGCUGAGAUAAUAUAACUCCUGCAGAUCAGGUGCAGUACUAUUCUUCUUCUCCACUAGAAUUCAUCAAUUUGUAUCAAAAAAUUAACCCAGUCACUUUUGACCAUCUUAAACUGAAAAGAGCUGGCAAGUAUUAUGUAAAUGGCUAAUGUAAUACUCUAUUGAAUGAAAACGCUGCCAAGAUUCAUUGGAUAAAAUGGUUGGAUGAUACUUCUGAGAUACGGAAGCUGCAUGUUCCUUCUGUUGAACUCUUCAUCUCUAGGAUGUUGGAUUUAUUUUUUGAAAAUAAUAGCACAAGAAUGAGGAGGAAGGGAAGAAUCGCCCAUAGUUUAGACUAAGGAUUUGCUUGUGACAUUUUCCAGAAUACAUCAAAGUUCUCAGGUCCAGAAUCAGUUACAUGAUGUAUCCCACCAGUAAAAACUUUCCAGUGGUCAGUAUCCAUCACAUUCGGACUUUGAUCAUUUGGACCCGGGGUAGCCAUGCCCACAAACUAGUUCAGCAGCCAUGGAUUACAACUUUCGAAGAGAAAGGGACAAAUAGUGGUUCUUCCCAUAAGCUGAAGUCUGCUUUUCAGGCUGUCAUUAAGGCUUAGUGGAAUGGGAUUCAAAAUUCAUUUCUGAAAGAACAGUGAUUUAACAGAACUAUGGAAAUAAAUAAAAGCAAGAUUCCAUGCAGGACUUCUUCCACAGUCAGUAAAAAUUAACCUCCUAUGUUUUCAUUUGUAUAUGAAGUGCUCAUGAGGGUCACACUACCUCACUAUUUCUUUGAAAAUAUAUACAUGUUCACCAGUUUAGAACCUGGAAUUCACCACAAUGCAUGAAUUUUAUAUAUUGAAGGCCUAACAAUUUAUUCCUGGUUCUAAAUGGUGAAUCCAUGCUUCCCAUGCUGGAAUCCAUGGAAAGGUGCUGUCAUUUCUUUUUUUUUGACAAUUGUGUUUAUGUAAAGAUUUGAAUUGAUACUUUUUGUGAACAUUUUUAUUAUUGUUGUUCCAAAGCAUGUAAUAUAUAUAUAUAUAUAGUAAACUAAUUUGGUAAGCUGGUUCUUAGUCAUUUUUUUUAUUCAGUGAGAAGUUUCGAUUUAUGUGGAAAAUUUGGAACAAAGCUUUUAACUUAUUCUUUUGCAUAUUUGUACAGCUUUACCCAGAGAGAGACAUUUUUGUGUAUGCUUUUACAUUAUACUCCUCUCUUCCUUGCUACUAUAAAGAUGUGCUUUUAAAAAAACAGGAGACCAAUAAAUAAAACGUAUGUACAUCGCUACACGUUGUAAUUUUGUCAUUUUACACGGCUGCUCUCAUCCUCGUGCUUCUAUCAUAUUUCUAUAUUUUUCUGGAUAUUUUCACUGACAAACAAAUUGUACCGAACCAAGGACUCUGCCCAAACCCUCCACUUGCGCUCAACUGUCACAGUGCAUCUUAAUGAACUGGUCACAUUGGUAAGACCAGUGACAAGACUCAAAUAAUAUCAAGCCCACGGGC